AGUCAAUUCCGUGAAAAUGUAUUCAUUCAUAAAACUCCUACAAAUGGGUUUACCCUCACGCCUCUUCUCUUCAUCUUCGUCUAUCCAGAAGCCCUAGCUCGUUCUCUCACUCUUUCUGAAUGUUUCUCACCCUGAAUUUUCUUGUGUUUUCUUGUAAUUUGGUGUUUCUGGAGCUGAAUUUGGGCUAAAGAUGAGAUCUUGAUGGCUUUCUUGCUUCUUCUGGGGUUGUUGGUGUUGGGUCAAUCUCUGGGUUCUUUGGCUGAUGAUGAUGAUGGAGUGAGCUAUUCGUGGACUUGUGGAUCUGAUCACAUUGAGUUCUUGAAAUCUUCCGAUGGGUAUUUGUUUUAUAUCAAUCAGAAGAGGGUAGAGGACCAUGCUUUGAUUUGUGGAGCCUUGGAUUUUUGUUUAGCUAAUGGGGUCUUCUUGUCUGAUCAUGAGGCUUCUGCUUUCUUUCAUGUGAAUUGUGAUACUUUCUCUGUGCCAUUUCUUCAAAGAGUGGGGAGGAAACUUUUGCUGGAGUUUUCAGCUAAAGCACCCAUUCCUCAUCAGCUGCCCAGAGAGGAUCAGUUAGUGAAGGAAAGAAAGAACUAUAGCUUUUCCUCAGUGAAGGACAAACUUACCCUGGCUAUUCCAGGAACGUUCCUUCUCUGUUGCACUUUAUUAUGUCCUUGUUUUCGGGCAAAAAGGAAGGAUCCCACUGAGCAUCAUGUUCUUGCCAAUGAGCUUAGUCAAACUGUAGCAACUGGUGCUACAUCCAAUGAAUCCAAUUCGGGAUCUAGAAAAAUUCCUGGAAGCCCAUACAGAAUACCUCCUAGUCCAGGGGUGGAAAGAGUUGUUCCACCAACGCCUCUUAGAGCACCUCCCAGUCCAUCUCGAUUCUUAUUGUCUCCCCAAUUGAAUAGACUUGGAUCUGUACAUCUGAAUACCAGCCAAAUUAUAAAAGCCACGCAGAACUUUUCACCUGCAUUACGGCUGGGCGAAGGAGGCUUUGGCACUGUAUACAAGGCUCUGUUGCCCGAUGGCCAGGUUGUUGCUGUCAAACGGGCGAAGAAGGAACAUAUCUCAUCUCUAAGAGAUGAGUUCAGUAAUGAAGUUGAGCUUCUUGCCAAAAUUGAACACAGGAAUUUAGUGAAGCUGUUGGGUUACAAUGAUAAAGGAAAUGAGCGUAUUAUAAUUACAGAAUAUGUUCCGAAUGGUACUCUAAGGGAACAUCUAGAUGGUAACAUGGGAAGAUUUCUGGACUUUAGUCAACGGUUAGAAAUAGCUAUAGAUGUUGCUCAUGGCCUUACUUAUCUACAUCUAUAUGCUGAGAAGACGAUAAUCCACCGGGACAUCAAGUCAUCAAAUAUACUAUUGACUGAGAGCUACAGAGCCAAGGUUUCUGACUUCGGCUUCGCAAGGUUUGGCCCAGCAGCAGAGCAGACCCAUAUCAUGACCAGAGUCAAAGGAACGGCCGGGUACUUAGACCCCGAAUACUUGCAGACCUAUCAGCUCACACCAAAGAGUGACGUGUUCUCUUACGGCAUAUUGUUAUUAGAAAUUCUGUCCGCACGACGUCCUGUAGAUCUCAAGAGAGAUCAGGAUGAAAGAAUUCUUGUGAGAUGGGCUUUCAAUUUAUAUAAUGCCAGUAACUUGAGAGGGAUGUUGGAUCCUCUGUUAGAGGAAGAAGUCGACGAAGAAGUUCUAGGAAAGUUAUUUGGCUUGGCAUUUCAAUGUGCUGCUCCUACUCGUCACGAUCGUCCAACCAUGAAACAAGUAGGAGAACAACUGUGGGAAAUACGAAAAGACUAUGGAAGGAGCCGAAUGAGAAUGUAAACCGGCCGGCUGUGUACUCAUUGUGGAUGCAAGAAAAUGUAAAGGAAGUCAGCUCUUUGUUAUCUUACACUUUGUUUCUCUGGUUAUAGGAUGCUUUUUAACAUUAUUAUAGCCAUUUAAAUUGAAUGUUAUUAUUUCUCAUUGAUCUUUAA